GAUGAGCUGCACCUGAGCUCUGCUGAAGACCUAAAGCUCGGCCUGAAUUGUGAAUUUGGGGAUUUUUCACACUAAAAUAAAAAAAAAAAGGGCAAAAUAAAUAUUUCACACAAUGUCAAAUGAUGGAAAUAAAAAGAAAGGCAAAGCACCGGGUGAAAAGAAGUCUUCUAAAAGGAAAGGAAAGAGAAGAGAGACCUAUGCUGUGUACAUUUAUAAAGUGUUAAAGCAGGUGCACCCCGACACGGGAAUCUCGAGCAGAGCGAUGAGCAUCAUGAACUCGUUUGUGAACGACGUGUUUGAGCGCAUCGCCACCGAGGCGUCCAGACUGACCCAGUACAACAAGCGCUCCACCAUCACCAGCCGCGAGGUGCAGACCGCCGUCCGCCUGCUCCUCCCGGGGGAACUCGCCAAGCACGCCGUGUCCGAGGGCACCAAAGCGGUCACCAAGUACACCAGCUCCAAGUGAGCCAGUCCGACUGGUUUCUUUAGAUUUGGAAAUAAAACUGCACAAACUAAA